UUACACACCCAUUUCUAUUAUUGUCAAACCGCAUCAAUAAAAACUAGUGUCUCGUCUCCAUUCUACCUUACAUUCAACCAACACCUGAGAGGGAGAAAGGAGGAUCUAAAACAAGAAUCCGCUAUAAAGAAAAAGAAAAAAAUGAAAACCCUAAUAAUAUGGUGCCUUGUCUCUCAAGCAAUCAUCCUAACGUGCAACUCAGCCGGCUCAGGAAGAGGAGACGUCGAUUUCACCAUAGUCAUAAAAAACGAAAUGCACCACUUCAAAAAACCAGCGGUUUUCUACCAUUGCACAUCGAAAAAGAAAGACAUGGGGUGGCACAGAUCGGUCCCGUCGACAGAGUAUCAUUGGAGCUUCAAAGUCCCCAAGUUCGGUAACGGCGUGAUGAUCCACAAAUGUGAGUUCAGGUCGAGGCUAGGAACAGCGAAUAUUGAGAUUGACACGUUGUCCACGACUGCGAUUCUGUGCGACGGGCAUAUAUGCGAAUACGCGGUUAGACGUAACGGGAUUUAUUUUAUUGGAUACGAGUUGUAUUAUCCGUUUGGAGUGUUUAUAGAAUUGUCGAGGCCCGUGGAGAAGCUGGUCGAGCCGUGGACGCCAUGGUCACCGCAACAGCUCAAAGCUUUGCACCGUAGCAAGGACUACCAUCAUUGAUCAUACAUAUAUUUGACUACAUUAAAUAUUGUUGAUUACACGGAAUGACUUAAAUCUCGCUGCACCGGUAAAAAAAAGAACAUCAGUUGAAUUAGAUCAAAUUUAGUAGAUAAGAAAGUUGUCAGAAAGGAACAAAAAAUCUGAAAGUUUGUAAAUUAUUCAUUUACAUAAUCAAUAUACAAAUCAUAGGACAUUCCAUUUUUUCUCAAUUGUGUUCUUUCUAAGUUUUCUUAAUUUUUCGUGUUUAAAUGAUCAUAUAUGUAUAUGAAAACAAGAUAACAAGAUGCAGAGUUCAGAAAGAAACAUGUUUUAUUUCUUUCCCUUUAUGUAAACUUGGCAACUUUGAGAUCAUUACAGAAUCAACUCCAACAGCAGGAAGAGUUAUGUUAUUAAUUUGUUUUUUUUUUUUUGCUUAAGCUCCAUAUUUUGGGGCCUUCCAGAGUUUGAAAGCAACUUCAUGGAUGAACCGAUCAGCUGG